AAACAGUAUUUGAUGCCUAGUUAAUAAUUUGCAUCCUCUUCAUUUGUUCCUGAAUCCUUGGAGACUGACAUUUUCCCCCCUAAAGGCAUAGACAACAAAAGAAAUUUUAUUGAGAGCAAAACACAAGUCCUUAAACUACAAAGAUGUUUGCCAGGAUGUCUGAUCUCCAUGUUCUGCUGUUAAUGGCUCUGGUGGGAAAGACAGCCUGUGGGUUCUCCCUGAUGUCUUUAUUGGAAAGCCUGGACCCAGACUGGACCCCUGACCAGUAUGACUACAGCUACGAGGAUUAUAAUCAGGAAGAGAAUACCAGUAGCACACUUACCCACCCUGAGAAUCCUGACUGGUACUACACUGAGGACCAAGCUGAUCCGUGCCAGCCCAACCCCUGUGAACACGGUGGGGACUGCCUUGUUCAUGGGAGGACCUUCACGUGCAGCUGCCUGGCCCCUUUCUCUGGGAAUAAGUGUCAGAAAGUGCAAAACACGUGCAAGGACAACCCAUGUGGCCGGGGCCAAUGUCUCAUUACCCAGAAUCCUCCCUACUACCGCUGUGUCUGCAAACACCCUUACACAGGCCCCAGCUGCUCCCAAGUGGUUCCUGUGUGCAGGCCAAACCCCUGCCAGAAUAGUGGUACCUGCUCCCGGCAUAAGCGGAGAUCCAAGUUCACCUGUGCCUGUCCUGAUCAGUUCAAGGGGAAAUUCUGUGAAAUAGGUUCUGAUGACUGCUAUGUUGGCGAUGGCUACUCUUACCGAGGGAAAAUGAAUAGGACAGUCAACCAGCAUGCAUGCCUUUACUGGAACUCCCACCUCCUCUUGCAGGAGAAUUACAACAUGUUUAUGGAGGAUGCUGAAACCCAUGGGAUUGGGGAGCAUAAUUUCUGCAGAAACCCAGAUGCGGACGAAAAGCCCUGGUGCUUUAUUAAAGUUAGCAAUAACAAGGUGAAAUGGGAAUACUGUGAUGUCUCAGCCUGCACAGCCCAAGACAUUGCCUACCCGGAGGAAAUCCCCACUGAGCCAUCAACCAAGCUUCUGGGGUUUGACUCCUGCGGAAAGACUGAGAUAGCAGAGAGGAAGAUCAAGAGAAUCUAUGGAGGCUUUAAGAGCACAGCGGGCAAGCACCCAUGGCAGGCGUCCCUCCAGUCCUCGCUGCCUCUGACCGUCUCCAUGCCCCAAGGCCACUUCUGUGGAGGAGCGCUGAUCCACCCCUGCUGGGUGCUCACUGCUGCCCACUGCACCGACAUAAAAACCAGACAUCUAAAGGUGGUGCUAGGGGACCAGGACCUGAAGAAAGAAGAAUUUCAUGAGCAGAGCUUUAGGGUGGAGAAGAUAUUCAAGUACAGCCACUACAAUGAAAGAGACGAGAUUCCCCACAAUGAUAUUGCAUUGCUCAAGUUAAAGCCGGUGGAUGGUCACUGUGCUCUGGAAUCCAAAUAUGUGAAGACCGUGUGCUUGCCUGAUGGGUCCUUUCCCUCUGGGAGUGAGUGCCACAUCUCUGGCUGGGGUGUUACAGAAACAGGAAAAGGGUCCCGCCAGCUCCUGGAUGCCAAAGUCAAGCUGAUCUCCAACACUUUGUGCAACUCCCGGCAACUCUAUGAUCACAUGAUUGAUGACAGUAUGAUCUGUGCGGGAAACCUUCAGAAACCUGGGCGAGACACCUGCCAGGGUGACUCUGGAGGACCCCUGACCUGUGAGAAGGAUGGCACCUACUACGUCUAUGGGAUAGUGAGCUGGGGCCUGGAGUGUGGGACGAGGCCAGGGGUCUACACCCAAGUUACCAAAUUCCUGAAUUGGAUCAAAGCCACCAUCAAAAGUGAAAGUGGCUUCUAAGGUACUGUCUUCUGGACCUCAGAGCCCACUCUCCUUGGCACCCUGACACCAGCAGACCUCAUGGCCAACACUGGACACCCCCACGCAGUGGACUGUCCCUACUCUAAGCAGAGACAACUGCCACCCAGCCUGGGCCUUCCCAGACCAGCAUUUGCACAAUAUCACCAGGCUUCUGAUGGAAUCAACACAACAUAGUAUGUUCGCUUUCCUCAACCAACUGUACGUUCUAGAGAAUCAGUGCUCACAGAGACUGCCUCUACCACAGGCAUCUGCAAAUGCAGUCUCCAGAAUGCCCAGCAUCAACGGGAACCACCGUCACAUCUUUAUUCCUCAGCCCAGACACUCGAGGUACUCAACAGAAUCAGCCAUCCACAUCUAGGUAUCAGAGAGGACCACAAAUACGACAUUCUCCAUUUGC